AUGGCCACAAUCAGCGACACUACCCAACUAAUCAUUAACUAUGACUAUCCCAAUGAAUUGCUUAUGAAUGUCACUAUGGAUGAGCUCAAGAGUCAGGUGCUCAACAAAAUCAUAGUCGACUUUGCCAACAGAGACCAUAUUUUCGAUGGUCUGACCGAAACUGUAUUGAAAAUCGCUUAUACACUACUGAUACUGACGGGUAUUGUGGCCAACGUGUUGGUCAUCGGCAUUAUUGUGGCCAACAAAAAACUGAUGACCAGCAAUAACCUAUUGUUAUUGAAUUUGUUUGUAUCCGAUAUACUAUUGUGUAUAUUUUGUAUGCCAUUCACACUGUUGGCUAUUACACGCCGAAGCUAUCCGUUUGGGCCGUGGAUCUGCAAACUGGUGCCAUUCAUACAGGCGGUCACUACACUGGUUUCGGCGGCCACUGUCCUAUCGAUAGCCAUCGACCGUAUGAUACAGAUUAAGUCCAAUCAAUCAACUGCUGUGAGACCCGGUAUGUCAAUACAGUCGACACCCAAACUAAUCAAAUAUGCCAUAAACACACUGAUCAUAUGGUUGUUAUCUACAAUUAUAUCGUCGCCGAUAUGUAUCUAUCAGUCGCUGGUCGAGUACGGCAUACCCGGUGUCGUUAUAUUUGAUAAAUGUGUCGAACACUGGCCCUAUCAUAUACGAGGUGUCUAUUCCCUGGUCAUACUGAUAACACAGUUGCUCAUACCGAGCACCGUUAUGCUGGUAUCGCACUAUCGUAUCCGAUCGCAUCUAAGCGAUCAUAGGGUGUCCCGUUGUUAUCGGUCGGUCAACAGAUAUUAUUGUGGCAACAGUUUAUCGCCGCCCAAACCCGAUGACGAGGAAGCCGUCAGCAGUUUAUCGACAACACAGUUGAACACUAAUAGCGGAAAUAAUAAUAAUAAUAAUACUAAAAAUAUUGGAAACAAUAACUAUGAAAAUAAUAAUAAUAAUAAUAUUGUUAGGACUAACAGACUUGACUCCAGCCACGAGUUGACCGUCGGUAACGAUCGGGAGACGUCAAUCGUAAAAGGAUCGCCAAGUUUUGUUGGUCUAAACCAAAACAACAACAACAAGUGUAUCAACAAAGAGAUGCACCGAAACAAUCGGGUGACCAUAUUUCUGGUCACAUUGACGGCCAUAUUUAGCGUUUCGUGGCUACCAUUGAAUGUGUUCAACAUUUACGUUGACUUUAAUCCGGACGUCGGCUUAAGUACCAGAGAUCUGUUCCUAGUGUUGGCCGUCUGUCAUCUGAUAGCCAUGUCUUCGGCGACCACUAACGCCAUACUCUAUGGCUUUCUUCAUACGGCUAUUCGCAAUGAAUUGACGGAUACUAUCAAUAAGAUUAAGUGCUAUUUUCGUCGAUGAGUGAGUGGGUGAGUGAGUGAGUGUGUGUGAGUGUGUGUGAGUGUGUGUGAGUGUGUGUGAGUGUGUGUGAGUGUGUGUGAGUGUGUGUGAGUGUGUG